AUGAAUUUCAACGUCCCAUUAAAAUUUAGAGAAGAGAUAAGUAAACCAAAAACAUGGAAUCCAGAAGAAUUAUUAGAAAGACGCCGUAAAUGGUAUGGAGUAUGUGAAAGGUGUGAUAAACCAAAUGUUGCCGCAGCUUGGUGUGUAUGUGACAGAAAAGAAUUAGUUUCUAAAAAAUGGACAAGUGGAAAUAAAUAUGUGGAUGAGUUUCUUAGAGAAAAUCAUCGUAAUGCAAUUGAUCAUAACAAUUAUUUAAAAUGGGUUGAAUUUAAUAGUCUUACUGAUAUAAAACAGAUUGGUGAAGGAGGUUUUGCCAAAGUGUAUUCAGCUAAUUGGCAUUAUUAUAAAAACGUCAUUAAAAUAGUAGGUGGAAAGUACAAGUUAAAAUUGGAACGUGAAGAACACACAACAGUAAAAAAAGUUGCACUUAAAUCUUUAGAAGGAUCAAAUGAUCUAUCCGAAAAAUAUUUAGAACAGAUCAAAAUUUUUUGGAAUGUACAAUCGAAACUAGGAUCUGAACUUUUUUAUGGAAUUACGAAAGAUCCUGAUACAGGCGAAUUGAUGCUGAUUGUAGAUAAAGAUUUAAAAGAAAUACUGAGUUAUUGGUAUGAUUGUGUAUAUGAAAAAGAUGAGCAAAAGUUAGAUGAUAUUGCUAAAGAAAUUAGAGCAGCAUUUGAAAAAGUGAAUGAAGAAAUACCAAAGUUCAUAGUAAAAUCAAACAUUUCUAAUGUUUAUAAAAGUUCUUUAUUAAAAUAUUCAAAUCUACCAAAACCAGUAAAUUCUUCACUUAUUUCUACUUAUAUUAGUGAUUCUACUCAAAUUGAUUUAAACUUAGAAAGUAUUUCUUUGAUUGAUAUCAUCAAAGAUGAUGAUUAA